CGAUAAACGGGCCCCGACUGAUUGUUCAACUUCCGGCAGGACGGCAGCUAAAGGAGUCUUGGCUGUGACGUGAAUAACUGUUGGGGGGAAUAACUCAGUAGUGUGUUUAGAAUUUCAAUUUUUUUUUGCUGAAUUGGAUAUUUUUGCAUUGUUCCUUCGGUAUCUUUCAGUGAAUUCGUUGCCAAGACAAAAAAGUGAUUUUUUUCCGAUCAAACAUAUGGACACGUACUCUGGGGGCUGUUUUGCCUGGUCAGCACGUGGGACGCGACUUGUAUUUAGUUGUGCUGAUUACACGUUUAUACGUGAAUUUAUGCGACGGAACUCCUGAGAGUAAACAACAAGACAAGAUAACGUUUGGAAGAUAGUGAACCAGUGUAAGGUACACAAGCCGUUAUUGUAAGUUGUGCAAUCAACUUUUUAAAAAGUGACACAGGCACCUAAUUAGUGAGUUACACAAGCCUACAUCUUGAUGUUUUCUCACAUUCUUUGUGUGACAUUCAUCAUGACUGCGCGUUACUCUUGUUUUAAACACACUUUUCGCAGAAAAUGUUCACAACUUUAAUACAAUGCGCAGAAAAUGUUCACAACUUUGAUACAAUGCGCAGAAAAUGUUCACAAUUUUGAUACAAUGCGCAGAAAAUGUUCACAACUUUGAUACAAUGCGCAGAAAAUGUUCACAACUUUGAUACAAUGCGCAGAAAAUGUUCACAACUUUGAUACAAUGCGCAGAAAAUGUUCACAACUUUGAUACAAUGCGCAGAAAAUGUUCACAACUUUGAUACAAUGCGCAGAAAAUGUUCACAACUUUGAUACAAUGCGCAGAAAAUGUUCACAACUUUGAUACAAUGCGCAGAAAAUGUUCACAACUUUGAUACAAUGCGCAGAAAAUGUUCACAACUUUGAUACAAUGCGCAGAAAAUGUUCACAACUUUGAUACAAUGCGCAGAAAAUGUUCACAACUUUGAUAAAAUGCGCAGAAAAUGCUCACAACUUUGAUACAAUGCACAGAAAAUGUUCACAACUUUGAUACAAUGCGCAGAAAAUGUUCACAACUUUGAUACAAUGCGAUGGGUUGACGCAGACUAACGCGACUGACUGAGUUGAACAUCGUACACAUCCUUUUGUACAUGAGCACAACGAGCGCAUGCUCAUCAUUUCACCGUGUUUCCAAACACCGCGUUUCAUUUUGAGUUUCAACUUUAACAGAUGGAUAGUGUUCGAUCCUGCCGACCAACUGAUGAGUUGUUAAAUUAAAGGUCGGACUCGAAUAGGGCCGUUUAAGACAUUAGCUGACGGCAAGUAUUUUCAAAGAAUACUGACAAAAUUGCUUUAGAAAUGAUGCUAGUAAAAUAUAUUUUUUUCUUAAACUACAGAUGCAUAUGAAUCUCAUUGCAUCGCGCAAAGAAGGAGAUCCUCCCUUGCGUCUGUAAUUGAUCCUUACAGAGCACUCUUCUUCGCCCGUUCGAAUCCCAGGGGAGCGUCGGUCAUUAAGAAUUAUUUCUUUCCAAGACUUCCGGUCUCUUGCCAUCUCCUCCAACCCUUACCAGUCUUUUGUAAACGUUUGUUGACAUCUCUUUAACACGAGUUUUUUUUUUUUUGGUUUUUUUGGGGGGUGGGGGGUCCUCGUCCUCUUGAAUCUUAAUGGAUGCAUACCAUGUGAUAGACGUGUUCUGUCUGGCACAGGUUUAGACCAGUUCUUGUCUUGUUAUAUUGAGCAUAGAUUUAUGCCUGUUUUUCUUGUCUUGUUAUGUUUGGCAUAGAUCUAUAACAUGGGUUUAUACCAGGGCUUGUCUUGUAAUACUUGGCAUGGCUUUAGUCAUGGUAUGAUCCAUCCUUCUCAUAAAUUCCAUCACAUGGUAUGAUCUAUUCAUCUCAUGGUAUGACCUAUCUAUCUCAUUUUAUGACCUAUCCAUCUCAUGAUAUGACCUAUCCAUCUCAUGGUAUGACAUAUCCAUCUCAUGGUAUCACCUAUCCAUCUCAUGGUAUGACCUAUCUAUCUCAUGGUAUGACCUUGCCUUCUGUAUUCUUGUCUUCUGUAUUCUUGCUUUCUGUAUUCUUGCCUUUUGUAUUCUUGCCUUUUGUAUUCUUGCCUUCUGUAUUCUUGCCGUCUGUAUUCUUCACUUCUGUAUUCGUGCCUUCUGCAUUCUUCUGUAAUCUUGUCUUAUAUAUUCGUGCCUUAUGUAUUCUUGACCUCGUUAUUCUUGCUUUGAUAUCUGCCUCCGAACCUCCUCUCAGCACUUACUGAUCAUUAGAGAAACGAAAACCUAGAGUGAGAGCUCACCGGAUGUCGCCAGGGAGGUCAGGUGCCAGGGAGGUCAGGUGCCAAAAUUGACUAGUGGGCAGGAACAGGAAUCGAUAAUCCGGAGAUCAAUUACCAAUCAAGAACGUUACAGUUCAGCUCGCGGCAGGGCAUUGUCAUUGUAACUAAAGUAACCAUAAUUUACAAUCAGAUAAACAAUAUCGAUCACUGACCGAGUCCCCGAGCACAUAGUUACUAUAUGGUUCAAUAUAGGUGCACUAGUUUCAUAUGCGACAAACUUAUGUAAUAUUUUUGCACUAAUUUCAACUUGUGAUAUGCGACAAACUUACAAAUAAUGUUUUAAAAAAAUAUGUUCUAAACUUUAAACAAAUAAUAAACAACACUUAAAACAAAGUUUUUCGAAUAAACCCAUUCAAUGUGUGUCCCCCUCCCCCCCCCCAACCCGUCUAUGUGAUUGUACAUCAUUGGGUGAACAUCAUGCGAAAACGCGUUUCAUAUUUAUUUCAUUUUCCGCAACUUCAAAAAUAAAUUUUAUAUUUACUGCCUGCCCUAAUACGUCACAAAUGUGAAACUCGCAGCAACAGCUACACAAUUAAUCUCCACACCAAAGCACGCAACCAUUGCACAAGAAAUCUGACAAUGCCACGUGUGUACAGAAAAGGAUACCACUAAAUUCACACAAAAAUGUGGAAAUUCGAGUAGAGAGAAAGUCUAUUAAAAAAUUUUAAAAAACGAAAAGAAAUUUCGAAAUGGGCUGACUGCUUUAAGAGCAGAAUGAUUGACCCAGAUUUCACCCGGGGUCAUGCUCACAUGACGAGGGCAAACGAAAGCGUUACGUCUUAGCUCCUUGGGUUCAGCCUUAGAAAUUCCAGUUUAAGAUUAUUACAGAUUUUUUCUAAAGCUGGAGUUCUUGUAUCUUUUCUAAAGCUGUAAUACUUGUAUCUUUUCUUAAGCUGUGAUACUCAAGCUAGAUAGCGUUAUUAUAUUUUAAUGCCCAGCAAUCGUUGGAUCAUUCUUCAUGCGGUGGCACUUGGAUCUUUCCUAAAGCUGUGGUCCUUGUAUCUUUCCUAAGGCUGUGGUAUUUGUAUCUUUCCUAAAGCUGUGGUCCUUGUAAAUUUCCUAAAGCUUUGGUCUUUGUAUAUUUCCUAAAGCCGUGGACCUUGUAUCUUUCCUGCAGAUGUGGUCCUUGUAUCUUUCCUGCAGAUGUGGUCCUUGAAUCUUUUCUAAAGCUGUGAUACUUGGAUCGUUCCUAAUGCUGAUAUAUUCGAAUCAGUUCUAAAGCUGUGGUCCUUGAAUUUUUCCUAAAGCUGUGGGCCUUGUAUCUUCCUCGAGCUGUAGUCCUUGUAUCUUUCUUAAGCUGUGGUCCUUUUAUUUUUCUAAAGCUGUGGUCCUUGUAUCUUUCUAAAGCUGUGAAACGUGGAUCUUUCCUAAGGCUGAGAUACUCGAAUCAGUUCUAAGGCUGUGGUCUUUUGAUCUUUCCUAAGCUGUGGUCCUUGUAUCUGUCCCAAAGCUGUGGUCCUUGUAUAUUUCCUAAAGCUGUGGUUCCAUGUAUCUUUCUUAAAGCUGUGGUCCUUGUAUCUUUCCUAAAGCUGUGAUCCUUGUAUCUUUCCUAAAGCUGUGGUACUUGUAUCUUUCCUAAACCUGUGGUACUUGUAUCUUUCCUAAGGCUGUGGUCCUUGUAUCUUUCCUAAAGCUGUGGUACUUGUAUCUUUCCUAAGGCUGUGGUACUUGUAUCUUUCCUAAAGCUGUGGUACUUGUAUCUUUCCUAAGGCUGUGGUACUUGUAUCUUUCCUAAACCUGUGGUACUUGUAUCUUUCCUAAGGCUGUGGUACUUGGAUCUUUCCUAAAGCUGUGGUGCUUGGAUCUUUCCUAAAGCUGUGGUACUUGGAUCUUUCCUAAAGCUGUAAUGCCCAAGCCAGAUAGCAUCAUUAUUGUUGUUUUUUUAAAUGCCCAGCAAUUGUUACCAGUGUGGUAGUAAUAACUCCUGUCGGGGUGGGUCACUCACUACAGUGUAACUUAACGACAUGUAGACAAUGAGCCCCUUCCAUAUAUCGGAUAUAUGGAUGUCAACUCAGUUCAGAUUUUGUUAGCUAAAGACAUGUACUUUUCUUUUAGAAUGAUUGAAUGUUCAUCCAAGUUAAAGCCGAAUUUCCUAUAGAUUGAUUGAAUUUUCAUCCAAGUUUAAGCCAAAUUUCCUAUAGACUGAUUGAAUGGUCAGCCAAGUUUAAGCCAAAUUUCCUAUAGACUGAUUGAAUUUUCAUCCAAGUUUCAGCCACAUUUCCUAUAGAUUGAUUGAAUUUUUAUCCAUAUUUAAGCCACAUUUCCUACAGAUUGAUUGAAUUUUCAUCCAUAUUUAAGAUCGAUGCCAAAAUUUCUUGAUUAUUUUUCUUGGAACUUUCCUUCCAGGCCAAAAAAAAAAACAAUGUGGAUUUUUGGAAAAUAUCUUUUUGAAACGACUCAACACAAGUAAACUGAAUUUGUCCAAUUGCUUGACCAAUGUUGCACGGACUGGCAAAGUAAGUCUCGCAGACCGGACGCCAGUCUUUGGGGCCACUAUUUUGAGAAACACUGGACAGUUAGGCCAUAAGGCGGUUGUUGGUGUUAUUAUUAACUUCCUUUUUUGUUGACAAUGACAAUUUUGAGAACGGAGAGUUCACCAGUUGUUACCAAGACUAUUGAUCGAUUUGUUUUUUCCCCUUGCUCAUAACAUUAUUUCCCCUUCCUUUUGGGUGUGAACGGGACGUCACUAGAGAUGAAAAAAAGGAGUUGCUGGUGGAGUGUUCACAUAUGUUCGCCCUCCACCCUGCACCACCCCCCCCCCCAAAGGAGGACGUCAUAAAUGACAUAAAAGAAGAUAUGGGUGGUGGUGGCGACAGGGUGUCACGCGGGUCGGUCAUAAAUGAAAUGUUACCUGAGAUUGUUGCACAGGUGUACCUUCAACUCACAUGUAUUGUGCCAGGACACAGGUGCUGUCAUCUCACGUGUAUUGUGCCAGGUCAUGUUUCACGCGUUGCCCUUCUAUGUUUGUGUUAUCAUAUUGCUAAACAAAUGGACAGGCAAUUUGGGAUUCUGUUUGUAUUACCAUAUGGCUAAAUAUAUUAUGUGCAAGCAAUCCUGGAUUCUGUAAAGUCGGUGAGACGUGUUUUACCGUGAGCUUCAACCCUAUGAAGCCGUGACUCGCCACUCCAUUUAGAAUGCUCCAGAUCAUAUUAGACUUGAAAAUGCCGCAGAGGCGUAGCGUGGUGGGGGCGGGGGGACAGAUGUCCCCGGGCGCAAGCUAGUUAGGGGCGCCAAAAUGUGCUGUAAUAUUAUAUUAUUGGUAAAAAUAAUGGGUUUGAGAGUUGAAAAAAAGAAAAGGGGCACUUUAAAAUGGAUCUUGUCCCCGGGCGCCAAACACCCUCGCUACGCCACUGAAAUGCCGGUCUUUUAUAUUGUGGUGGGAGGCGUAUGAAAUAGGUGUGUUGGAUGUUGUUUGUUUUUUUUUUCUAUUUUAAAAUGAUGACAUAUCUUACAAGAGAAAUACAUAACAAACAUUCUAAGACCACAUUUUGACCCACGUAGAACUGACCAUGACCUUCACCUUUAUCUUUACUCAUUAAUGGACAGUAAAUGGACAGCUAAGUGUUGCGGUGGGCAGAUAUUAGAACACUUUGGCCAUGAGAUAGAACAUGUUACGCUCAACAUAAGCAGACUUACGUUAAAAAUAGCAGACUAGGGUAAUGUCUCGUUUUGAACGCUGUCACUGUGUUUACCGUAUUUAAUCGGACUGAGAUCCUUUUAAGCGAGACUUCAUACCAGGUCGUUUACACGGAGGUGAGCACGUGAGCAGGCCUUGCACAGCAAUCACGUGUGCAUUCCCCGUGGGUGGUGGGGAGGGAUGGGUGGGUGGGUGGGAAGAGCUUGUGUUCCUAACCCGACAACAGAUUAACCGACAAGUUAACCGAUCAAGUCUAACCAACAACCCGUCUGUGUUGUUUCUUGUAUCCGCGCUUAGCACAGAUCUGGGUCAUUCAUGCGUUCAACAAUCAACCAACCGUGGUGGUUAGGCCUAUUGUUUCUACUUAAAGCGUGUGUUAUCUACAGUUCAUUAAAAAAAAAAAUCAUCAAGCAUGUAUUAUUCUUAUGACGUAAACAGUGUGUGACGAUAACCGAUGUGUUACAAUCUGUGUCAGUCGGCCAUUACAUCCUUAUCCGCGUGUGUGUGUGUAGCGAUGACGGUCCGGUGUUGUGUGUAAACAAAAUGUGUCCGACUCUGAGGCUGUUGAAUAAUUUCAUAUAAGGAAAGAACUUUAAAGUACCGGGGUAAACAAUCAACCGCCCAGAACAAUGAAUCUGUUGACGAGCGGUGGCAAAGACGUGGUGUAUGAUCGCGACACGGACAGACUCAUCGUGUCCCUGUCGGAACUGGACAGUGAAGCCGUUCCGUUGGUCAGCGGUCCCUCGGAGAAGGUAUCUCUUAGGACGUAAGUCGACUGGUCACUUUUGUGUCCAGCAUUUGACCUUUUUUAACAGUUUAAAAACAAAACAAAAAAUGUUUAAAGCUUAUUGUGGGCACAAUUAAUAGUCAUGCACGUUUUUUCAGCCGCUGAACAAAUUUCCUGAUGCCAAACACACGCACAAUUGCGAGGAUCAUCAGAUAUAAUCUGGGUUUCUUUCAGCUAUAUCUCCGGGGGGGGGGGGGCACCCCCCCCCGGGGAAAGCCAAGGGCCCCCCCCCCCGAGCAAAAAUAUUUCCAACAACAAUAAAUCAACUGGAACUGUUGGCCCUGCCCCCAGCCCCCCCCCCCUUCCGAAAAAUCUGAAGUGCCCUCCCCCCCCCCCGAAAAUCACUGUUCCGGGGGAAAAUUUCUGAAAGAAACACUGGAUAUGAUUAGAUCAUAAUAGAAUCCCUUGUUUAGGGAGAUACCCAUUGCUAUUUAUAGGUAACGUUAUUGAUCUAGUGUCAAUAAAUCUUUGUAAAAAAAAAAUAAUACUACAACAUAACUGUUAAUAUGCUGAAGACCAGCAUGCCAUAACGUUGACAUAUAAAAUCUAGCGGUCAAUAAUUUCAAAUGACAGUUGAAAAGUUCACGUCAUAUAGGUAAGAAGUUCCAGUCAGACAGGUAAGAAGUUCAAGUCAGACAGGUAAGAAAUUCAAGUCAGACAGGUAAGAAGUUCAAAACUAUUUGUAAGUGUAAUCAGGCUCCUAUAUUAUAUUAUCUAUCAUAAAUGUUGUUGUUUGUCUUUGCGUCGCCAGUGUUGACACAAUGGCAUCCAUCAAGCAGUUGUUUACGUCUCAUGUCACUGUCUAAUCAUUGAUGUCUCCCCCCCCCCCUUCCCCAGCAACAAGAAGACCUUCCUUGUGACACUAUGCAUCCUCAUCACCGAGAUGUGCGAAAGGUUGACCUACUACAGCGUGUCGGCGGGUCUCAUCCUUUUCUCCACCAGCCACCUGGACAUAGGUCAAUCAGAUGCCACCACAAUCAACCAGGUGUUCUCAGGUGAAGAACUGGCUGUCUUAAUAGGCUUUGUCAUUUAUCAGACCGGAAAACGUCAUAGCUCACUAUUUUUAGAAGGUCGGCGGACAAAUAUUGCUAAAAACAUGGCAGCUUAUAGUGUGUUCCAGCACAUCGCUCGGACGAUCUUUGUAUAUCUAGAGCUGCUGUUACAUAAGCCGUUCUCGCAAUGAAGUCCCAUUUCAGAAAAUAGAAGUAAAAAAAAAUGUGUAAAAUAUUUCGUAAAAUAGAGUUGUAAACAAGUUUCAGAGACACUUCGCUAACAUAGUAAUGCUGAACAGUGUUGACAUUUUGUCUGAGCUGAGUACCCGGAUGAUGAGUAAUGAUGACAUCAGUUCUAUUAAUAGAUUUCCGCCAUCAAAUGACAAGCCCUGUUCCUGUGUCCGUUCUCAAUAACACACGCAUACCAUAGACUUUUUUUAACUAACCUUCUCCGACACUCUAUUUACUAACAUUCUACGACACACUGUUUACUAACAUUCUACGACACACUGUUUACUAACAUUCUACGACACACUGUUUACUAACAUUCUACGACACUCUAUUUACUAACAUUCUACGACACACUGUUUACUAACAUUCUACGACACACUGUUUACUAACAUUCUACGACACACUGUUUACUAACAUUCUACGACACACUGUUUACUAACAUUCUACGACACUCUAUUUACUAACAUUCUACGACACACUGUUUACUACCAUUCUACGACACACUGUUUACUAACAUUCUAUGAACUCUAUUUACUAACAUUCUAUCACACACUGUUUAAUAACAUUCUAUAACACUCUAUUUUACAUUCUACGAUACUGUUUACUAACAUUCUAUGACACACUAUUUACUGAAUUCCACGACACACUGUUUACUGACAUUCUACAACCCAUCCAUCAAAAAUAAAAAAAUAACUGCUGUUUAAAUCAGGGGAGGCAGAGAAGCGACAUUGCCAAAAAGAACGACACACACACACUAACGAACACUCCCUCUCACACACAAACACACAUUAAUGUAUUUCAACAUUGUCUGGCGACACAUGUGAACCAUGGUAUCACAUUAUUCUGACCCCUGGGUUUUUUUGUUUUUUUUUACCGCACAAUUCCUGUGUUCAAUCGAAGGGGCACACAGUAAAGGAACAACAAACAACACAGUUUUUCAUUUCAUGUCUGUAUCUUCAUUUUUUUUUAAAAUAAUAAUUUAGGGUCAAAGUUCACUAUGUUAGGGGGCACCUUCUUCACUAUUUUAGGUUCACUAUUCACCAUUUUAGGUUCACUAUUCACUAUUUUAGGUUCACUAUUCACUAUUUUAGGUUCACUCUUCUAAUUUCAAUAUUAUUUAUUUUAGGUUCACUAUUCACUAUUUUAGGUUCACUAUUCACUAUUUUAGGUUCACUAUUCACUAUUUUAGGUUCACUAUUCACUAUUUUAGGUUCACUAUUCACUAUUUUAGGUUCACUCUUCUAAUUUCAGUAUUAUUUAUUUUAGGCUCACUAUUCACUAAUUUAGGUUCACUUUUCAAUUUUUAAGUUUACUUUUCGCUAUUUUAGGUUCACUGUUCGCCAAUUAUUUCAUCCUGAUUACGGUGAAAUGGUGAUUGCGUCGUAGUAACAGCAUCCAUGAGAACGCUGGCUCACUACUUUCUCGGGGUGGUGUGCACACACCCCAGCCCCCAGGGUUGUUAUACUUCCUCCCCCCCCCCCUCCUUUACCCACACAAGCUCAAACUCAUAAGUAUUCCAUUUACAAAAAAUAGUCUUCUAUACCAACUGGACGAACGAGUCAGCAAUUUUUUAAAUAUUUUUUUAUUGGUUGUUCAUUUGCCAACGAUGCAAGGGAAAGCACUCAUUGCGUGACGUCACUUUACACCAGCCGUUAACAUAUUGUUCCUAACACUUGAGAACCGUUAAAGUCUCUUCUAACGGCGUUGCUUAACUGUUCCAGGUUUUGUCUACUUGACCGUUAAAGUCUCUUCUAACGGCGUUGCUUAACUGUUCCAGGUUUUGUCUACUUGAUCCCGAUCAUUGGAGGGUUUCUGGCCGACUCGUACCUGGGCAGAUAUAGAACAAUUCUUAUUGCAUGUUGUAUUUAUAUUACAGGUAAGUCCACUGUGGUUGGUUGUUGUUUUGUUGUUGUUGUUUUUUUGUUGUUGUUGUUGUUGUUGUUGUUGUUGUUUUACCGGUCUAAAUAAUAAGUGACAACAUUCCACUGAGUCCCAGUGAAAUGGUGAUAAUAAUGAUUUGUACUUAUUGUAAUCGUGUGUUUCAUGCAAAGAGUUCUAAACAGCCUGACAUCACCACAUGUGUACGGUCUGACAUCACCACAUUUGUACGGUCUGACGUCACCACAUAUGUACGGUCUGACAUCACCACAUGUGUACGGUCUGACAUCACCACAUUUGUACGGUCUGACAUCACCACAUGUGUACGGUCUGACAUCACCACAUGUGUACGGUCUGACAUCACCACAUGUGUACGGCCUGACAUCACCACAUGUGUACAGCCUGACAUCCCCAUAUGUGUACAGUCUGACAUCACCACAUGUGUACGGCCUGACAUCACCACAUGUGUACAGUCUGACAUACCCCACAUCACAUAUUUUGUGCUUCAUCUAUGACCACAGGGCAUCAAUAUUUUUUUUAUUAAAAAGCAAUUAGAGGGAGUGGGGGGGGGAGAGACAUCAUAACUUCUUAACUAAUUAUAUUGGGUUUAUAUAGUUGUGUAGUUGGUUUUUUUUUUAGUUUGUUUGCCACUGCCGUGAAGUAUUGUGUACUAGCGGCUUUAGCGUCACCACAGUUGAAAGCAUGUUAGAAUAUAGUACGUAACAAUGUUAUUAGAUAAUCUCCUUGCGUCUUUUCCAGUCAUGCCAACAAUUUUUCAUAUCAAUGUGAUAUAGCUGAAUUUUUUUUUAAACUAAAUGUUUUAUAGCUCAGUGUGUUAAAGCUCAAUGUGUUACAGCUCAAUGUGUUAUAAGCUGACUCUGUUACAGCUCAGUAUGUUAUAGCUGAAUGUGUUGCAACGCAAUGUGUAAGUUCCACGUUGUCUACGUCCGAUUAUAUUUAUUUACUAGCGAGUACCCGGCAUGCGUUGCAAUGCUACUCAAAUGAAAAUAAAGUGUUUGUGAUUUCAAUUAUGUUUUUCGAAGUACUUUUUAUGUACACAAUAUUUCAUUUUUUUUUUUUUUUUACCGUCCGGUGAGUACUCGAAUAAAUUUAGUCCACACACUCGUAACGAUUGAUCCACCGACGCAAUAGCUAUGUUUGAAAUUAUAUUUACAUAGAUGAUAUAAGAAGGAAAAAAAACGAAUUUAGGGCUCCCCCGGCCAAAAGCGCAAUAUUGUAAAAUGGUUGGACUUAUUCAGAAACCCUUUAGAGGCGUGCACACAACUCACCAAAAUUUUAUCGCAGUGAGAUGAAUGGUAGGGGAACGCAUACGGAAGUUAUAUUUAAUUAGCUCAUAUCAGGAAAAAAUAAUAAUUUAGGUCCCCCUGUCCAAAACUGAAUACUGCAAAAUGGUUGGACAAAUUCAGGGACGAAAUAAAUUAUGUCACACACAAACGGAAAUAUUUCUGUUUGUAUUUUGAUUCAAUUCCACCCACUCGUGCAUUAGGUCUGUUCAAAAUUAUAUUUUUAUAGCUCAUAAAAUAAAAAAAACAAAUUUAGGGCCCCCGACCCCAAACGCAAUAUUAUAAAAUGGUUGAACUAAUUCAUAAACCUACUUAUUGUGUCAAACACAAAUUGAAAUGUCGCUAUUUGUAUAUUAUUAAAAUUCCAUCCACCAACUCAUUAGUUCUUUUUGAAAUAAUAUUUACGUAGCUCAUAUAAAAAAAAACGAAGUAAUGGCUGCAGGCCCGAAACAGAAUGUUUUCCAAUGCCUCUAUACUCUUAUUAUGAACACUGUGAUGUCUUGAUUGUUCUAUAAGUUAUAACACCACUCUCUACUCUUAUUAUGAACACUGUGAUGUCUUGAUUGUUCUAUAAGUUAUAACACCACUAUACACUCUUAUUAUGAACACUGUGAUGUCUUGAUUGUUCUAUAAGUUAUAACACCACUCUCUACUCUUAUUAUGAACACUGUGAUGUCUUGAUUGUUCUAUAAGUUAUAACACCACUUUCUACUCUUAUUAUGAACACUGUGAUGUCUUGAUUGUUCUAUAAGUUAUAACACCACUCUACACUGUUAUUAUGAACACUGUGAUGUCUUGAUUGUUCUAUAAGUUAUAACACCACUCUACACUCUUAUUAUGAACACUGUGAUGUCUUGAUUGUUCUAUAAGUUAUAACACCACUUUCUACUCUUAUUAUGAACACUGUGAUGUCUUGAUUGUUCUAUAAGUUAUAACACCAUAACGCGUCAACAGUCGCUUUAAAAAAAUAAUGGCCUUUUUAUUUAUGUCUAUAUUUAUGAUUGACCCUUCUUACAAAACCAUUUCUUGAAACGGCUGUACUCAUUUAGAAACAUUUUCAGACGGGCGCAUAUCAAUUCACCAAUGUUGUAUCGCAAUCGGAAGUGUAUGGUAUAGGAACGCGUACAGAAAUUAUAUUAAGAUGGCUAAUAUAAGGGGGGAAAGUGAACUCAGUGCCCCCGGCCACAGACGGAAUAUUGUAGAAUGGUUGUACUACCUCAGAAACUUAUUUAUUAUAUCAAACGCAAAAUUUAAUGUCGCUAUUUGUAUUUGAUUAAAGUUCUAUCCACCCAUGCAUUAGCUCUGUUUGAAGUUAUAUUUAUAAAGCUCAUAUACGAAAAAACGAACAUAGGGCCCCUGGCUCAAAACGGGAUAUUUUAAAAUCGUUGGAAUAAUUUAAAAACCUUUGCAGGGCCAUGCGCACAGCAUCUCUCCAAAGUUUUAUUGCAUUCGGAUAAAUGGCACAGGAGUGCAUACGGACAUUAUUUUUUUACAUAGCUCAUAUAAGAAGAAAUGGAAUUGCGGGCCAACAGCCAAAAACUGAGUAUUUCUAAAGGGUUGCAAUGACUCAUAAAAAUGCGCGGGCAUGUUGUACAACAACUCGCCAAAGUGUUAUCGCGAUCGCAUGAAUGGUGUAGGAGUGCAUACGAAAGAUACAUACAUACAGACAGACAUUGAUUUAUAUAUAUAUAGAUAGAUAUAGAUAUAGAUAAUUAGGCCAGUUUCCUGUUCUUGAAUUUAUUAACAGCUUCAUAUUUCAACCAACAGGCACAAUUCUGUUACCAGCGGCAGCUAUAGACUAUGAUUCCUGGGGCCUAACACAGAUCAACACGGUCAGUCUUACAACAAUGUCUGUGACGUUUUAAUAACAUAGCGAGAAACUAAACGGUUGAAAAUGCUUUGACAGUUUCGCUUACUAAAAUAUUCUUAUAUUUAAUUGAGGAUUUGCUAUGAAGGAAAUAUACUGCAUGAAUAAAAAAAUAAAUGCGUGCAUACAUAAUUAUUAAGUCAUUUGAUCUUCUUUGAUUUAUUUAAAAGACACGGUUAUUUAUCAAGCUCUGAGUAAUUUACAAUGCUAAUAUGAACACGAAUUGCAAUGCUAUUCUUAUAAGAAUCAAUAUAGAAGCCUAAUAAGUAACUCAACAAGUUUCUAACGGAUUAGAAGUUAAAACAUCUUUUUGGGAACAAAUGUCGCCAUAUUGGUUCAUCUUUUGUCGUUGCAGAAAGGAAGGAUAGCACUUUUUGCAACUGGACUUUUCCUGGUGGCCUUUGGUACCGGAGGGAUCAAGGCAAAUGUCGGCCCUUUCGGAGCUGAGCAAAUUGAGACCAUGGGGAAAGAUGCGGUCCAGUCAUUCUUCAACUGGUCAGUUGGUUAUUUUGAGCUGCACGUUACCAUUUGUGGACAUGUCAUGAUUUGUAUGGGCUCCCGAUAUGGGCUCCCGAUAUGGGCUCCCGAUAUGGGCUCCCGAUAUGGGCUCCCGAUAUGGGCUCCCAAUAUGGGCUCGCGAUAAGUUCCAUGAUAUACAAAUUCUCAGGGGAAAAAAGUUUGUAAAUAGGAAGUCGUUUUUAUAUUCCAUUACCUAAGUAUACAAUAUCCAAAUACUGAUUUCCUCUCCCAAUCCUGAUGUAACUGUAACGUGGUCACUCAUAAUCAGGACCCACUCCAAAGACAGGGCCCAAAACAAAGACAGGGCUCAAAACAAAGACAGGGCCCAAAAGAAAGACAGGGCUCACUACAAAGACAGGGCCCUGUGCAAAGUCAGGGCCCACAUCCAAAGCCAGGACUCAAAACAAAGACAGGACCCAAAACAAAGACAGGGCCUAAAACAAAGACACGGCCCACAUCCAAAGCCAGGACCAAAAAAAAAGACAGGGCCCAAAACAGACAGGGCCCAAAAAAGACAGGACCCAAAACAAAGACAGGGCCCAAAACAAAGAUAGGGCCCAAAACAAAGACAGGGCUCACUAAAAAGACAGGGUCCAGUGCAAAGUCAGGGCCCACAUCCAAACCCAGGGCCCACUCCAAAGUCAGAACCCUCUCCAAUCUGAGAACCCACUCCAAAGCCAGGGCCCCACACUAAUCGCUUUCAUGUCCAAGCCAAUAAUUGUCUCUUCACCAAAUCUACAAAAGAAGUAGAACAUUUUAUUAUCUUUUGCUUUAGGGAGGUUGGUCAGCACCCACUUGGUAAAUUGUAACUGCUGGUAAAUUUAAAUGAACAUUUGAAUUUGAAGCUGUCUUAUAUUGAUUCUGCCUGCAAGCCAUUUUAGUAGCUGUUAGAUCACUUGUCCUCACGACGUCUCUGCAUCUGUAAUGAGUUUCCUGAUCUGGGGCUCUCCCUUGUGUAAGGCAGAAUGUCGAGUACAGUGCUUACAACGAUGUUUUAUAUUUUAAGCAGAAAGCUUUCUAUUGGCUGUAACAGAUGGGAUAACAUUGCGUUGUUGCUGUUGUCGUUUGUUUUGUCUCCCCUUUUAUGUAACUUGCCUCCCUUAAAGACAUUAUUUGUCUCCCUUAAAGGCGUCAUUUAUCUCCAUUGAAGAGGUUAUGGGUCUUCCUUAAAGAGCUUAUUUGUCUCCUUUAAAGAGUUAAUUUGUUUUCCUUAAGAGGUUAUUUGUCUCCCAUAUAGAGGUUAUUUGUUUCCCUUAAAUGGUUGUCUCCCCAAAAUACGUUAUGUGUCUACCUUGAAGAGGUUAUUUGUCUCCCUUAAAUGGUUGUCUCCCCAAAAGAUGUCAUUUGUCUCCCGAAAAGAGGUUAUUUGCUCUUCCUUAAAGAAUUUAUUUGUCUCCCUAACAGACGUUAUUUGUCUCCCUAAAAGACGUUUUUGUCUCCUAAAAGAUGUUAUUUGUUUCACUAAAAGACGUUGUCUCCCUAAAAGACGUUAUUUGUCUCCCUAAAAGACGUUAUUUGCUCUUCCUUAAAGUGGUUAUUUGUCUCCCUUAAAAAAUUAUUUGUCUCCCUUAAAGUGGUUAUUUGUCUCCCUUAAAGAGGUUAUUUGACUCCCUUAAAGAGGUUAUUUGUCUCCCAUAAAAAGGUUAUUUGUCUCCCUUAAAGAGGUUAUUUGUCUCCCUAAAAUACGUAAUUUGUCUCCCUAAAAGACGUUAUUUGUUCUUCCUUAAAGACGUUUUUUUGUUGACAUAAAGCCGAAAACGUAAUUUCAAUGGCUCCGUGGCUCCGUUGAAUGGCUUACGGAAAAUGGCAUUGGAAAUAACUUCAUUGUUUUUGCCCCUACAACAGACCGCUGGGGGGAUAAACUGGUCUAAUCUAAUCUGUCUCCCUAACCCCACCCCCCCCCACUCCUCCCUCACUGUCCAGGUUCUACUGGGUCGUCAAUGUCGGGGCCCUCAUCGCCUACGCUGGCGUGGCCUACAUUCAGCAGGAGAUCAGCUUUGCCUGGGGUUUCUUCGUCCCCCUGGCCAGCAUGGUGACCGCUCUGUGCAUCUUUGUGGCCGUCAAUCCGAUGUACUUAAGAACUCAGCCGAAAGGUAAGGAGUAUAGGUCAGCUUUUGGAGGCAAAGUUGUAUGUGGUAGUGACGUCAUUUUGGGUAAGCCGUUUUGGGGAGGGGGGGGAAGAGAGAGGAUUUGCCCCCGUCCUGAAUUUGUAGGAUUUUCUUUUACUAGAUAUCAGUUCUAGGACAGCAGAAGUCAAACGCAGUAGAGAAUAAAUUAGAAAAAAAAAGUUUUUAUUCGUUCAUGUAAAGCAAGCCGGGUAAGUUUUGGUUUUGCCCCCCCCCCUUUUUUUCCCCCACAAAUCCCCCAGAAAAAAACUCAAAUGACGUCCCCUGUUGAGGGGUCGUGGAAGUGAAAAUAGGGUUGGGGCUUGGUGGGUUAUUAUGUGGGGUCUUUGCUGGGACAGUAAAAGCAAGGCAAGGGUGGGGGGGGAGGGGGGCAAAAAGUCAGGACGGGGCGGAAAUCGCAGCAUGGGUUGGUGGGUCAGUUCAGUGGGUCUAGCUUGGGGCAGGGCCGGCCCAACGGUUGCUGGCGCAGUGUGCAAUCUUAACUUUGGCGGCCCCUUGACAGUAUAAUCAUUAAAUGAAAAAAACGAAUUAUUCCGUAAUGAAAUGAGUUUAUUACCUAUGGUGGUGUUGUUGUUUUUUAAACAAUCAAUGAACUGUUCAUUGUCCAUUAAAAAAAAAAACAUAGGUAAAAAAACUCAUGACGGAAUAACUAUUUUUUGCCCCUUUAAUUAUUAUACUUAUAAGGGACGCCAGAGUUAAGCCUUAGGUAAACUUUCGCCCUGUGCGAAGCACCCGUUCGGCACCCCCUUCCCUGUCCCUGUAUGGCUCAGCUCUUUUUCCGAUUACGACGUACUUUUUCUGAUUUGCGCUUGCGAUUCUGCGCCCCUGCAAGAUUUUUGUUCCCCCCAUAUUCUUUCUGCUGAAAUAAUUGUAAGAGGCGCAAGUAAAUACGGUAUUAAUAAAUUAAUGUCCACGCCCUUUCCGUUGGUCUCAACCCCAGGGUUAGUAUCCAAAUUAAGAAUGCAACUUUCAUUGUAUAAAACUCAUUGUAUGAAAAGCGAUUGUACGAAAAGUUAGGAUACCGUUUCUCGAGCCCCUGACCCGAGGUUCACACUUCACUAUAAUCAACUAAGGGGCUUUAAAUAUUUACUGCCCCUCCCCCCCCCAGUGCGAGAGCACAGGUCGAACACCCCUAAAAGCCGGCUCUGCUUGGGGACAGUACAGUGGUUCAGGUUGAAUUAUCGUAGGACCCAAAUGGAGAAUAAAACUUGGACUGGGAGGAAAAGUGAACAAGUAAACUACUGUACCAGAUGUUACUUAACUAGCGCGAUAAAUUUCACAGAAUAAUUUUAUGGUAAAAAAAAAUCAUUAAAGCAUGUCACACCGCAUCUAUUACGGUUGAGACGAUCUAAACACCUGAGAUUAUCUUAACACCCGAUCUUGUUCCAGGCAGCGUGCUGAGUACAGCGUGGCGGAUAUGCGUGGAGGGAUCUGGAAAGGUAAACCACAAUAAAUGUCACAACGUUGUUGAUUAUUACUCUUGGGUACUUACUGUACCAGAAAGUAUGAAGUAACGUGUGCUCGCACGAACGUGUCUACGCCUUGUUAACAUAGUGUGUCCGUGAGUGCCGCGCCUAAUGUGUGUUGGUGCAUUCAGAUUUUUUGAUGUUAGUUUCAUAAUGGUAUAAGAAGAAAUGGUAAAUUGCCUUAGUUGGUCUACGCGGAUAACCCACUAAAUCAGCGGUUCUCAACCUGUGGGCCGCGACCCCUUUGGGGGUCGCACGACCCUUUCUCAGGGGUCGCCUAAGACCAACUGAAAACACAUACUCUACAGUUGUGAAGCAGCAACGAAAAAUAAUUUUGUGGCUGGGGGGGUCGCCACAAUAUGAGGAACUGUAU